AUGGGGACCCCCUGCUGCUGCGGCUCUGGGAGCCGGCGGCGGAGCUAAUGGGUCUCUGGAGCUGUCCUCGCAGCUGUCGGCUGGGCCACCGGGACUCCUGCUGCCAGCGGUGAAUCCGUGGGACGUGCUCCUGUGCGUGUCGGGGACAGUGAUCGCUGGAGAAAAUGCGCUGGUGGUGGCGCUCAUCGCGUCCACUCCGGCGCUGCGCACGCCCAUGUUCGUGCUGGUGGGCAGUCUGGCCACCGCUGACCUGCUGGCGGGCUGUGGCCUCAUCUUGCACUUUGUGUUCCAGUACGUGGUGCCCUCUGAGACUGUGAGUCUGCUCACGGUGGGCUUCCUCGUGGCUUCCUUCGCCGCUUCUGUCAGCAGCCUGCUGGCCAUUACGGUGGACCGCUACCUGUCCCUGUAUAACGCGCUCACCUAUUACUCGCGCCGGACCCUGUUGGGCGUGCACCUCCUGCUUGCCGCCACCUGGACCGUGUCCCUAGGCCUGGGGCUGCUGCCUGUGCUGGGCUGGAACUGCCUGGCAGAGCACCCCUUUCGCAGGGGUCUCUGGGCUCCAGGGCGCUCCAAGCUUCGCAAGGGCAGAAACUUCGCUUUCAGCACCACGGACAGCGUAUCCGCUGCCAAGCUCCCUGGAGAUGUCCUGGUCGCGCCGCCACAACCCGAGCGGGACUCUCCCAGGAUGACACUCCUAGCUGGUGCACUCGGUGCAAAUCCGGCCGCAAUGAACGCGAGCGCCGCCUCGCUCAACGACUCCCAGGUGGUGGUAGUGGCGGCCGAAGGAGCGGCGGCGGCGGCCACACUCCCUCAUCGCCUCACACAGCUCUCCAAGAGGCAGCUGACCCUAUGGACCCAACCGCCUCUCCGAAGAGUAGCUGCGCCCUUGGUAAAGGAGGAAAUGGAAAAGGAGAAACCCAGAGGGGAGGGUGUGCUCAAACCAUCCUUGGCUGUAGCUGCCUCUAGGAGCCCAGAUGCCCCAGACAGACUGUGCAAGAGCAGGACCUUCCCCAGCAUGAGGAACCCCAAGGGCCAUCAGCUGGAGACCCAGAGAAGUUUGUCAUCUUUGACCGGCAGCAAGCAAGACCAGUCCCUCCUGACCGCUGCUGACACCUGUGAUCUCAUAAAGAGGUGGUCCUGUUCAUGCUGUAGCAAAACCACCCAGAGCCUGCCUGAUUCAGAAGGGAGCCCUGACUGUGAGCUAAACCUCACCUUGCACAAAGGGCCUGAGGCUCCCCACAGCAAAGCCCUGCCGGGCUGCGGGCCACAAGAAGCAUCAAGAAGAAACUACAAAGAACCACCUGCUGUGUUUCUAACCACUAGGUCCUCACGUGCACAAACCACAUUGCUCAUUUCAUGCAGGGGAUCCAAAAUGACUGUGAGAGCUCUGAAACCUGUGAUCACACUGAGCUCUCCCUGGGACCUGGAACCAGCUGCGAACAGCCUCACGAGUGGGUGA